GUGUGAGGGGCCUCGGGAAGGGGAGUCAGAGGGAGGAGAGAUGGAAAAGUGGGGAAGGAGAGAGGAAGAAAAGGAGAGGGAAUAAGAGAGCUGAAGCACGAAGCAGCCGCAAAAAGUCCUCAAGACUCAACAGCUAAUGGACAAAAUAUUACUGAUGAAAAUGGGAUCUUUCUGCAAAAUCUAAUUCAGGGAUUCAGUGUUAAGUGAGCAGUUCCCAGCAGAUGUUUCACUUUCAUCAGUGAAGCAAAUGUAAACAGGACUCAGGAUGUAGGCCUGGUAUUGGUGUGAAAAUGCUGCUGUCUUGCUUAUGGCAUAUCUUGUGCAUCCUCCUCCCAUUACACUUUGUGGAAACUCAGCAUCCCCACCAAGCCAACAACACACUAGUGUUCGACAGCUCGGACCAUGCCGACCGCUUAUGCAGCUGCAGCUGUGCAACGGCGGUGCGCAGUUGUGAUGAAGCUCUUGCCAACCUGAUGUGCAGCUGUGCCACCGUGUGGCGCUCGGCUCUGUCGCCUAGCACCCUGGAGGCGGAGAUGCUGACGGUGUGGGUGUGGCAGCCGUGGGUGCUGAGGGAGCUGCUGAACGGCAGCAGGGUUGCAGAGCUGCAGCUGUCUCUGUGUAGCCCUGCCUCAUUUCUCGGACCCUCUCAAUAUCUCACUAUUAUGGGUCUGAGGAAGCUUCAGAUCUCCAAUAAAGGGGUGCUACAGCACAAGGGUGAAAGAGUCGUGAACUUCGGUCUGAAUGUACAGGAUGGGAAUCUCAGCGUUGCGUUUUUGGACUUGUGGUCACUGAACAAUCACUUGAAGGCCUACAGUGUCAUUGGACCUCCGCUGCAGAUGCUAAUGAAGCACUUUCCUUACCUUCAGCAAGCGAAUAUAAAGAUUACUGACUUAGAAGAGAUCCACAAGCCAUCCAUCCUAACUUUUAUUUACUAAAUUAAAUAAACUAAACAGUUUUGUACUAAACAGAACUUCAAGAGCCAAUCAACUGUUCUUAUGCUGAAGAACAUAGAAAAAGAGCUUCUUUCUACACUGGACUAACAAUAUAAUCAUACCUGCCCAACAAUGCCCUGCUCCUUAUUCCAAUCAAACCUAUACAGUAUAUGCAUUAUGAGUAUUCUGUCCCCUCUGGGGUAUAUUUGCACAUGAACCCAUCGCAAUGGGAUUUCAUGAGUGUGUUGGAUAUUUCCUCACGUGGUUCUUCAGGCAUGACUACAAAAUAGAAAACCCCUCAAUAUCAUUUACCUUUUAGUGAAGAGUGUGCCGUUUCAGACAUGUGAAGGUUUACUGUAAUGGAAAUUUCUUCCAGUUUUAGAUUUUCUACCAAAACCACAGCAAGAUAAAAAAAGAAAUAGGCAUGAAGGCACUCGGAAUCACUUCCUUUUUCCUUUGAAGCUGCACAUUCAGAUAAACAACAUUUGUGGCAUAUUCCUGGCACCAAUUAAUUUCUGAAAUUUUACCAUUAAGGCUUAAAUUCUUUUACUUCUUCACAUUUUUGUGAAAUCAUAUACAAAGGUCAUGGAGACAUAACCUGAACUGCUUCCUUAUUUUCUCCAUUUGAACCAGACGUAUAAAUUUUUCAGGUGAACUGCAGGUGUAUUUUGUACGUAGAAUCUUUGUUCCUGUGUGUCAUGACAGGUAUAUUAUCAUACAAGCAUUGCAAUGUUUAGCAAUAAGUUAAACAUAAAACAUUGAUUGCACCUUAUCAUUUUAAAAUUGGUCCUCUAAUACUACUAGCACUACUAGCACUUAACUGAAUCAACAAAAAAUAUUGUAUGUGAAGGUAUCUGAAUGAAAAGUCUAGGUUUUCAGUUAAAAAGAAGAGAAUUGUGCUUGGCAUUGCAACAUAUUAGGGUGCACGGUGUUCACCUCACACCUCCAGGGUUGGGGGUUCAAUUCCCACCGUGGCCCUGUGUGUGCGGAGUUUGCAUGUUCUCCCCAUGCUGCAGGGGUUUCCUCCGGGUACUCCGGUUUCUUCCCCCAGUCCCAAGACAUGCAUGGUAGGCUGUUUGGCAUAUCCAAAGUGUCCGUAGUGUGUGAAUGUGUAUGUGAUUGUGCUCUGCGAUGGACUGGCACCCUGUCCAGGGUGUACCCCGCUUUGUGCCCGAUGCUCCCUGGGCCUAUCCAGGUUUCCCUGUGACCCUGAAAAGGAUAAAGCGGUAUAGAAGAUGGAUGGAUGGAUGGAUUGCAACAUAUCUGGUGAUGAAUCUUGCUCAGUUUAUUAUUGUUAGCAUGUCAGGAUGUAAAUAGAGAAGUGUGAUGUAGAAAAUUGGCACAGUAAUUGAACAUUAUUAUUAUUACAACUGAAUAUAGUGAGAAAAUAUUCUGUAAAUCUUUGAAGCAUAUGUUGAGUAACUGACUGAAGCCCUAACUACAGCCUUGAAUAAAUGACAAAACAAUGUCCA